CAAAAAAAAAAAAAAAACAGACGAGUCGAGCUCAAAGCUCAAAGCCAUUAGCAAUCAGCGGAGGUGAAGGUGGUGGUGGGUUCAGUCAGGGGUGGACGUGAAUGCCUUCCUCAACCUUCUGCCAUGGCUGCUGAAAACCACCACCUUCUGCUUCUCGCAUUUCUGUUGUUCUUCCAGGCAUAUGGGCAUGAGACAGAGAAUUCGGGUCACUACCCAAUUGUCAUUAGCACGUGGCCUUUCGUAGAGGCUGUAAGGGCUGCUUGGGCGGCCGUUGAUGGGGGGUCCUCGGCCGUGGACGCGGUUGUGGAGGGCUGCUCUGCGUGUGAGGAGCUGAGAUGUGAUGGUACAGUGGGACCAGGAGGAAGUCCGGAUGAAAAUGGAGAAACAACAAUAGAUGCUCUGGUCAUGGAUGGGGUUACAAUGGAGGUUGGAGCUGUUGCUGCCAUGAGGUAUGUAAAAGAUGGUAUUAGAGCUGCAAGAUUAGUGAUGGAACAUACGGGACAUACUUUGCUUGUGGGCGAACGGGCAUCAGCUUUUGCCAUCUCAAUGGGUCUCCCAGGGCCAGCAAAUCUUAGCUCCUCAGAGUCUAUGGAGAAGUGGACAAAUUGGAAAAAUAAUUGCUGUCAACCUAAUUUCUGGAAAAAUGUUAUACCUGCUGAUGGUUGUGGUCCCUACCAACCCGGGGACAGAGGGAACACUUGCUCCAAGGACAACUGGGUUGGAGUUAUUGAAUUAAAGUCGACUCAUGUUGAAAGGCAUAAUCAUGACACCAUCUCAAUGGCAGUUAUCGAUAAAGUGGGGCAUAUUGCUGUAGGGACAUCAACCAAUGGUGCCACAUUUAAAAUCCCUGGGAGGGUGGGGGAUGGGCCAAUUGCUGGAUCAUCAUCUUAUGCUGAUAAUGAAGUUGGUGCUUGUGGAGCAACAGGUGACGGUGACAUCAUGAUGCGUUUCCUGCCAUGUUAUCAGGUCGUGGAGAGUAUGAGACUGGGAAUGGAACCUAAGCUCGCAGCAAAGGAUGCCAUUUCAAGAAUUGCGAGGAAAUACCCAAACUUCGUAGGUGCUGUUUUCGCCAUCAAUAGGAGGGGCGAACACGCCGGGGCCUGCCACGGUUGGACGUUUCAGUAUUCCGUGAGAACCCCUGGAAUGGAUGACGUCGAGAUUUUUACCGUAAUACCUUGAAUUGAACUUGGAAAUACACUCAUGUUCUGCACUCGUGCCAUUGUUUGUAUAAUUCCCAAUAAGAAGGUUAUGUUGUUGCCAUGCAAUAUAUAUUCAUGAAAUCUGUCAGUUGGUUGUACUUUUAUGAGUAAAAGGAAAUUGUGCUCACUCCCAAUAUAUUAGUUUUAUUUCGAGUGA